CCUACGUUACUGGAAUGCUAACAUACGAUUGAAAGCCUCGCAUCUGGAAGCAGAGGCCCUCACCUCCUUCACCCAGCAGCCUGACAAAGGGUGGAUGUCAAGGGAAAUCUCUCUCACCGCUCAUUCUGUGUACAAUGAUGGUAGCAGUAAGCACAAACCUGGACAAGGAGAGAUGCAAACAAUGGAGGCCCCAACACCAGAGCCUGCGUACAUUGAUGUGGACAAAGGACUAACAUUAGGAUGUUUCGUCGUCCUUUGCCUUUUCUUGAUUGUGAUGAUUAUUCGCUGUGCAAAAGUCAUCAUGGACCCUUACAGCGCCAUCCCAACUUCCACAUGGGAGGAACAGCACCUGGAUGACUGAAAGGAACACUGCUGGAAGCUUUCAGAGC